CGUUUGUUAUCGGCGCACAAGUUUGAAGUGAAAGUGAGAGGACAUGUGAUCCCACCCCAAGCAAUCCCCACCGCCACCGGCGCCGCGCCGCCCGCGCUGUCAAAACAGCCGCGUUUCAGUGGUCAGCUUUAAAAACCCGAGGCAGGAGGAUGGUUUAAUACAGAAUACGGUUUGCCGAGAACGCAGCAACACCAUGGUCGGCGUCGCGCACAUUCGGGGCGAGUACCCGCUGCACUGGCACGUGUGGCGCAACGAUUACAAGCAACUCGAAGAGGAACUCAGCCGAAAUAAACUGGAAUUGGAGAAAUCAGACAAUCGCGGCCGCACGCCGCUUAUGUUAGCUGUGACUUUAGGUCACUUGGAAAGUGCAAGGGUGCUGUUAAAUUUUGAUGCAAAUGUUAACUUUGAGAAUCCAGAGGGAUGGACUGUUGUACAGGAAGCUGUAUCCACUGGGGAUCCAGUGCUGCUUCAGAUGGUGCUACAAAGCAGGGAUUUCCAGCGGUAUUCGAACCGUAUGGCCGGCAUUCCUGAAUUACUACAGAAAUUAAAAGAUGCGCCUGAUUUUUACGUCGAAAUGAAGUGGGAGUUUACUAGUUGGGUGCCUCUGUUAUCACGUAUGUGUCCAAGUGACACCUAUAAGGUGUACAAACGUGGUUCCAACGUGCGCAUCGACACCACACUCCUCGGCUUCGACCAUACAAGUUGGCAGCGCGGCAAUCGCAGCUACGUAUUUCAGGGACAAGCCAUUCAAAUAGGCGAAGCCAUUCGUGGCAACAGGAGUUACGUUUAUUCACUGACAACGUCUGAUGGCGGUGCGACGAUGAUGGAAAUCGAUCAUGAAACGCGCAGCGUGUAUUCGGAGCAAAUGCGAACACCAGAAGAAGCGCAGGGUAUUUUUGUACCCUCCGAAGAGUCGCUUUCACAACGUUUAACCACACCGAUUGUGACAACCUACGUUGACACCGAUAAAAUCAGUUUCGAGAGGAAUAAGGCGGGUGUAUGGGGUUGGCGUUCGGAUAAAAUGGAAAUGGUAAAUGGGCAUGAGUGUAAAGUAUUCGGUGCUAGCAAUGUAGAAUUGGUGACGAAGACGCGCACCGAACACCUUACCGAAACCGAUAAAGCGAUCGCGCGCUCAAAGAGCACCAAAACACCGUUGCAUAAUUUUCUUGGCAUUGCCGACGUGGACGAUGAGGCGGCUGCAGCGGCAGCGACACAACCAGCUCCGGAUGAAGGCGCUGUUGCGAACACAGUCGGUAAUCCGUGUAAUAUCACCGCUGAGGAGUACUUCGACGCCGGCGUCGAUCUGCAUGGCCGUGAUAUCGGCCGUCCGAAGGAAGUGAAUGCACGCGUGCAGAAAUUCAAAGCGACGCUUUGGCUCUCCGAGAAUUAUCCGCUCUCGCUGCCCGAGCAGAUCCUGCCGAUUGUUGAUCUUAUGGCCAUUUCCAGCUCGCACUUCGCCAAGCUGCGGAAUUUUAUACAAAUGCAACUGCCAGCAGGUUUUCCUGUCAAAAUAGAAAUUCCAUUAUUCCAUGUAUUGAACGCACGCAUUACAUUCGGCAACAUCUUCGGUCUGGAUCAGGACGUACGCCAUGUGGCGCGCCUUGAGGAGGACGAUCGACUGUCAUGCGUCCUCGACGACGUACUCUUCCAAAUACCUCCGGGAUACAAUCAGCUUGGUAAUGUUGGUUUGGAUGAACGGCGCCAAUAUAGCCUUGAGGAAGAAGACGAUCUUCUGCAAUUCGCCAUCCAGCAGAGUCUCAUCGACGCCGGUACAGAAAAGGAAGUCGUCGACAUUUGGGAGGCGCUCAAGGCAAAGAAACCAUCGCGUCCCUCUACUCCUAAUUUGGGUAGCGAGGAAGAACGCCAGUUACAAAGAGCAAUACAAGCUAGUCUCGCAAUAUACCAAAGCAACGACGAGCUGCCGUACACCGAGGACGAGUCGUCCGACGCAGACGAAGACAUCCACAAGGCAAUCAUGCUCUCCGAACAGCAGCGGCAGCGCGAAGAGCAGGAGCGCAUCGAGGAGCAGCGAAUGCUCGAAGAGGUCCUCCAGUUGUCGCUCACCGAGAAGUAAUCAGCCAGCAGCGCGGGAUCGCUCCGCUGGUAGGUUGAGCGAGUAUUUAUUUCUUCCGAAUGCGUUCUAAACUGAUACAGGUUUAUAUGAUAUUCUAACUGAUAAUUAUAUAUUAAUCAAAACGUUGCGGAGAGACGGGGGGGUGUUACGAGAUGGAUGAGUGUAACUAAUUUAGUUAGCUAAAUGACUACGACAAAAACGACUGGGGCAAAUAUAUGCGUAUAUUUUCCACUGCGCGGAGGACUGCUGAUAACUGAAACUUAAACGAUGAAAAAGAAUCACAUGUUAACAUCACAACUAAUUGAAUGUAACUAAUUUUUAAUUUCUCAACCAUGAGCUGACUGUUUGAAUGUUAAUUUUCUGUUUCUAAAUGUGUCGAUUUUCCGUUCUCGAUUGUUUUAUGCCCAGGGUGGCCUGAAGAAGUUUUAAGAGUUCCACCCUGGUUAAAUAAUAUAUAUGUUAAAUGAGAUGUGAACUGGUAGCAAUGUGAUGUUAAGCUGGAUUUUAAUUCUAAAUUUUAUACAUUUUCAAGAGGCAAGUUCCGCCCUUUCAUACGAGUAUUACACUUACACUUUGGGCAGCGAUUAUAUGUUAAUAAGCGGCCCAACUUUAUGUGUACUUAUUUUAAGCUAAGCAGCGCUCGGCCGGCGCGGGACAGCCAAACAAUAAAAAUUAUCAAAAGUACGCUUUCUCGCAUCGUGAUAUCAUCAACAUUUAAAUGUAACGUGUCUUGCGACCGGCCACAUACGGAUGAUUCCACAGAUUCAACACAAGCUCACACCUGCUGAAAGCAAAACCAAUACCACACACACAAUUUGAAACAUUUUUAUGGCGUAGAAUUCGAGCGGGGCUGUCAUUUGUUUGUUGUAGAAUACCAUUCGUUGUUUAAUAUUGUUGGUUCAUCGAUACUCGACUUACAUGGCGUAUAUUACGAUAAGACUUGUCCAAACAAACAAAAAAACAUAAUUUUUAUACAUGAAAUGAAACAAAUACGAAGCAAGAAUCAAACACUCGCCGAGUUGCAACAUGAAUACCUUUGUAUACAGUUUAAUCAAUCUCCGGAAAUUAAACAGCACUUAUUCUGUGUCAUACAAUAAAUGAUGAAAGCUA